UCCAGGGACAAUGCCACCAGGCUCCGUCUCUUCUGGUCUCACCCCCAGCGUCUAGGUCCUUUGGACGGCCUGCCCCCUUCCCCAUCUCUCAUUGUUUCCUUCCACCCCGCCUCUCACUUCCUGCCUGUGGGAUUCUGGGAUUCUCACCCCCUCCCAUUUCUUGGUUCCUGGAUUAGAAUCCAGAACCACUGGGAGGGUGCUCAUUAACCGGAGGACUCGACUAUAAAAGCAUUCUCUGGUCACAGGGGCGGGGGCUGCCUUCACCUUAGAUAAAAGCACGCGGGACUUCUUGGAAAGGGGACAAGAGGAAGAGAGAAAUCUCGUGGACCAGCCCUGCUCCCCAGGGGACACCCGGCCUCUCGUCUGCCUGUCCUGCCUCAUUGUCUCUGCCUCUACCGCCCUCCCUCCGGUUAGGGGCCCCAACCCUGCCUCUGACCUCCCCCACUCCAAUUAGACGUCUCUGCAGAUAUGUUCAUCCUGUUCUUAGCACUGCAUCUUCUGUGGGUCACCGCCAACUCAGAGAGGAGCGAGGAUAAGAUCAUUGGUGGUCAAGCGUGUAUUCCACACUCCCAGCCCUGGCAGGCUGCGCUGUUCAUCAAUCAGAACUUCCACUGUGGGGGUGUCCUGCUGUCCAAUCGCUGGGUCCUCACAGCAGCUCACUGUACCCACUGGAACCUUCAAGUGGUCUUGGGAAAACACAACAUCAAGCGCCUGGAGCCCUAUCAGCAAUGGGUCAAGGUGGAGCGCCGGGUACCCUACCCCACAUACAACCCCAGGAGCAACAACAAUGACCUCAUGCUGCUCUACCUGCAGAAGCCAGUGAGGCUGACCCCCCAGGUUCGCCCCAUUCAACUGGCCAAAAACUGCGUCAAUCCCGGCACAACCUGCCUGGUGUCUGGCUGGGGUACCGUAUCGAGUCCUUUUGUCAGAUAUCCCAGCGCCCUCCAGUGCGUGAAGAUUGCUAUCAUAUCUGAAGAAAAAUGCAAAAGUGCUUACCAAAAAACCAUCACUCCUGGCAUGGUCUGUGCUGGGGUUGAGGAAGGUGGGAAGGACUCGUGCCAGGGUGACUCCGGAGGCCCCUUGGUGUGCAAUGGGGCCCUGCAGGGCCUGGUGUCUUGGGGCAUGGAACGCUGUGCCCUGCCUAGGUUUCCCGGUGUUUAUACCAACCUCUGCCAUUACCGAACCUGGAUCCUAAAUGAAAUACAGAAGAAGAAUUGAUGAGCUCCCCCCACACUCCCAGAAGGAUUGCCCAGUUCAACCUGUCCUCAGUCCUGCCCCCAGGGACAGGUGGCCUGAAACUACAGCCCUACACCCUACACAGGAGCCUUCCCCUCCCCCAAGGACAGGACUCAAGUCAUCCUGACUUCCAACCAUGGACCUCUGGAGGACCCAUCUCUAGUAUGGAUUUGGAUUCCUGGAAAGGGAAUCAAAAGGAUUUAGAGAUGGAAAGGACUUUAGACCCUGAAAUAGCAGGUCUGGAAAGGACCUUUUUAGAAAGACCAUAUACUCAAAUUUUUACAAAUGGGGAAACUGAGGGUAAAUGUGAUCUCCUAAUGUCACAUGGCUAGGAUGUGUCCUUUCCUAAUGUCACAUAGCUAGUGUUCUUUCCCUGAUCUUCCCCUGAUCCUGGGGUCUGAAGGCAGAUCUAUCCCCAGCCUCCCAGGUACCCUAGCCACUUUCAUGAAUCCACUGCCUUGCUCAGGUAUCCAAAAUAAUAGGUAACUUAGCAGGUCCCUCUUGGUCACCCCUCCCCAACAGUCUUAGAUGAAUAAAACCUACAGGACUUCCUUUG